AUGCCAUAUGUCCAAUAUGUCACAACGUCUCCCACCCAACCUGAUGCUGUCACACAUGAAGAGCCUGAGGUGGCGUUCAACAUCCCUCCUCCUGGUAUUCACAACCUCACACCGGUUAAUGGGCCUGCACUUGAGGACAAUCCAACUGAUCAGAUGUAUGACAAUUGGGCUGGCAUCUUGUCACGUACAAAAACAAUGUUGCCUACUUUUCAUGCCACCUACGAUGUGUGCGAUAUGGACUUGGAGCCAGGGAGCAGCUCGGAUGACUCGUUGCUGUCGAAUUCAGAAGACGAAAGCCAAUGGAAUGACAUACAUCAGUCAGUGAUAAAUGACAUAGAUGAGGAAUUCUCUGUUGUUGAAGAGUCCGAAUUCGAGCAAUGGUGGCCUUAUCCUGAUAAAGCAAAAUUGGUGAAUCUAUUGGUUGCACCCAAUUUGUCAAGGUAUCCGGAGGAUAGUGGUUAUCAGCAUGGCAAAUCCAGACAAAGUGAUUGGUGGCAGCAUAAGGUCAAUCCGAUUUGUAGUGAGCCAAUCGCGAGGAAUGAUGUUGGAUGUGACUUCUUCGUUGAGGAGCCAGCACUCGCCAAUGUUGACGAAUUCGGCAUACUGGCGGUCGUGAUGAUUUGUUGGUGGUUCAUGCGCAAUGGAGUUCUGUGGGCAAUGGUGAAUCCCAUGAGAAUACACACAGAUACACGCGAGUUUGUCGUGAAUGGAACCACACAACUCGAAAGACCGCUCAGUGCCUUCUCGCUUUUCAUCGUGGAAUUGCGGGAUCCAGUCCCUUGGGAUUUGACUAUGUUGGAAAAGCCGGAAUUCCCGGUAGACCACCUGGCAAUGCUGGAGAAAGAGAACACAUAUCAGAUUUUGUUACCCUCAGGACUCUCUGAUGUGUUUCCUACAGGAGGGUGUACCACGCACAAGUCCAAAACCCUUGCACAACUUGAGAAGCAGCUGGAGCGAGUCUUGGACAGAGCACCAAGCACUAUUGACAAGAUGUUAACUGAGACCGGCACGAAAGAUAAGUACCUGCAACAUUUUGUGGAGAAGCUAUUAGUAGAAUGCAAGAAAAUUGAAGACAAACAAGCCACUUGUCCGGGAUUGUCAGGGAUAAGCAAGCAAGAUGAAAUACGGCUCGUGUUAGCCAGCCUGCACGAGCAAAUGCCAAAGAAUAUUCUCAACCCAGUCUUGAUGGUUGAGAACUUCGAUCCUCAGCAAGACUCACCAGUCGAAAUUCUACAUGUUGUACUCUUGUGGGUUGUGAAAUACUGGUGGCGUGAUGCCGUAUCACACCUUUCCUCCAAGGAGAAGGACAUACUCCAUGCGCAUAUCAAUAGUAUUGAUACGACUGGGCUGGGUAUCAAAGGCCCGCUCGGCACCACGUUCGUGCAGUACGCAGGGUCGUUGAUAGCGCCGCAGGUUCUGCAAGGCCUUGAAGGAAUACCAGAUGAGUGCUACGGGGUGUGGCUUGCAUUAACAUGUCUGGCGCCGUUGCUCUAUCAGCCAGAAAUCAUGAAUCUGCCUGAGUUCAUGUCCCAGCUUGAGAUGGCCAUCUUUGAUUUCUUGAUCACGACAGCUCUGUGGAACAUGCAGCAGUUCAACAAGCCAAAAUUCUAUCUGUUUGUCCACUUAUCAUCACACAUACGAUGA